AUGAAGAUUUUGCCCAUCAAAAUUAAAAGGCUUGGAGGAAGUGUAGCGACAUUAGCCAACUGGUUCAGUUCCUGGGUGAUUAUGAUGACUGCACCCUUGCUCUUCACUACUCACGUGGUUGUUAUGGCAGCUCUUGGUUUCCUUCAGCUGUCCCCUCCUAGUUCAGCUGGUUUUCAGCUCGAUUUUGCUGGUUCCUCAGCUUUUCUGCUGGUGGCUUUUCCCUUUCAGCUGGUUUGCGCUGGGUUUCUCUUUGGACAUGCAUUGAUGGUUUCUGCUGCUACUGGUUUUCUCAGCGGUUCCCUCUUGUUUCUCUAUGCUUUGGCUCUGCUGGUUUCAGCUGCACCUUCAGCUGGUUUUAAUGUUCUCCAGCUGGACUUUCAUCUGAUUUUCAGCCAGUUUCUCUGUGGCCUGAGCAUGCCAACUGUGGAUUUUAUCUUUUUUGUUGUUAAAGCCUUGCUUCUUUUCUUGUUCUUGCUUGUAAUCAUGGCUUUCAUCAAUG